AGAUUUUCCGUCCGUCCGGCUCUGCGGACUCAAGGAGAGAAGGACAAACUGUUCCUCAGUGUAACCAGACUUGGGACCUUAAAGGAUUCUUAACUAUUUGUACACAGGUCCACAUCCGCCUCCCCAUGCAGAACUCCAUGAAAUGAAUAAAGCACCACAACCUAUAACGGGACCCCCCUCCAUCCCCCACCCGGCCCCCUCCCCUGGCCUGUCACAGCCCCCUUCUGUUGUGUUUGCCUCCCCGCCGCCUCCACAAAUGAACCCAACACCACAGACCCGACAGUUUGCCCCAGGGCCCCGACCUUUACACCAACAGGGAAGCUUCAGGUCGCUACAGCCCUACUACACCAACAGGGCCAGCUUGCCUCCUGGUAGUGGGCCGCGAGGUGUCCCUCCCAGCAAUGCCCCUCGACCCGUGGCGCCCACCCAUGUCUACCAGCCAGGCCCUGGCUCCCAAAUGAUGAUGAUCCCUGGGCAACAGUUGCCCUUCCCCAACUCGCCUCAGGGACCCGCCUACUUCAUACCGGGACAGUACCGGUCAGCUACCUACGUGGCCACACCCCAGCAAUACCCAGUCCCAGCAGGCACCCCAGGCUUCUACCCAGGCACCAGCCCAGCUGAAUAUGGUACUUAUGCAGGGGCCUACUACCCCGCCCAGCCACAGUUCACCCCCUCGGUGCAGGCGGCACCGGUUAUUAUGAACCCUGCCCCUCAACAGCAGCAACCACCACCUCAGCCUCCACAACACAUCCCCACGAAACGGGAACGCAAACCGAUAAGAAUAAGAGACCCAAACCAAGGAGGUCGAGACAUUACAGAGGAGAUUAUGUCAGGGGGCCGUAGUGGCUCUACCCCAACCCCACCACAGACCAUAUCUGGAUCAGAAAACACAGCAGUGGCACAGGCCAACGGUGAGAGCGUCCCAGCUGACGAUACACCAGCACUGGUUAGACCAGAUGACAGUGGUAAACCUACGCCUCCUCCUCAGUCAAAGACCCCUGACCUCUCAAAGGGCGACUCUUUCCCCACAGAGGCUGCAUCCUUUAACACGAACACUAAGGCCCCUGCAACCCCUCUAAUAUCAGAAGCAGUGGACAUCCCUGACAACACUAUAUCCACCCUUGCACCCAGUGCUCCUGUUGCAGAUGUGAUGGACACUCCAUCACCUCCACGGGAGCCCACUCCAACACCUCAAUCAGCACCUGAAGUGCCAGCCUACCCUGCACCCCUUCCUGACCCUGUCCCUGGCUGUACCGCACAGGACAAAACAGACAAGGAAGCUGCAGAGGAGAAGGAAGAGGUAGAAACCGAGACAGAAGAGGCAGCUGCCUCCUUGGACACACCUCUUAACCCUCUCUCCAACACUAAUGGUGUUUCAAUGGCCGAGCCAGAACAGUCUUCUGUCUCCAGUGACCCGGAAGCUCCUCUGGAGUCUCCCAUUGCACAGCCCGAGGAGCUCCGUCUUCCAAAUGGCCUGCCACUGCCAGCCCCUCAAGACCCCGAGGCCCCUGCCAUCAGUGCAGCCGAGCAUGACGACAGCCCCAUUGCAGAGCCUGUCAUAGAGAUCUCUACAGCCAUCAUUCAGGCAGCGUCGACACCUAUUGUCCAAGCUGCACCUUCACCUGUUGACCAGCCUGCACCUGCACCUGCUGUCCAGGAGAUUCCCGCUGAACCAGUCGUCCAGGCAGCGCCUGCGCCAGCUGAGGUAGAAGACUUGGUUCCUCAAGUCGUCCUGGAUGUAAAGGAAGAUCCCCCAGUGCCCCUGUCCACCGCCAAGGAAGAGAUGCCAUCUCCUGCAGAGACGGUUUCCAUAGCUAACAGCACACCAGAAUCUGUGCCCACUCCUCCUACUCACACAGCAGAGGAGAGGGAGGACACCCCUCCUCCCGAGACAGUCACCCCUGCCCUUGUAGAAACUACUGUGCAAGCUGCUGUGUCUGUGCCAAAAAAAAAGAGAAAGAUGAAGGAUCUGAACAAAAAGGAUGCCGUGGGAGACUUGCUGGAUGCCUUUAAAGAGGAGCAGGUAGUGACCCCACCGGAGCCCGAGCCCGCCCCAGCACCAGAGCCUCAGCCCCCUGCUCCGUCCCCUCCUGCCCCAGAGGAGCCGGACCUGAACUGGGAGGACAAGGAGGACAAGGAGGACAAGGCGGAAAAGGCGGACAAGCUGGAUGCUGAGAAGAGUCAGCCAGAUGAUCCCACUGACAAGAAGUACCAGUACAAAGAGGAACAAUGGAUGCCAAUUAACUCUGAAGAGAAGAAGAAAUAUGACAGGGAGUUCCUUCUGGGCUUCCAGUUCAUCUCAGCCAGCAUGAACAAGCCUGAGGGUCUCCCAGCCAUCAGUGAUGUUGUCCUGGACCAGGCAAAUAAGGCCCCUCUGCGUCAACAUGACCCCAGUCGUCUGGCAGGAAUGAACUCCGGUCCUGACUUUACACCCUCCUUCGCCAAUCUUGGCAGGCCUAGCAUGGGAGGAGGAAACAGAGGACCACCUCCAGGAAUGGGAAUGGGAAUGGGAGCGGGAAUGGGAAUGGGAGCUGGUGGUCCACGCCGCUCUCAGCAAAUGCAGAGGAAAGAGCCAAGGAAGAUCAUCACCAUCAGCAUGUCGCUACAUGACGAUGUGCAGCUGAACAAGGCAGAGAAGGCCUGGAAACCCUCAGGGAAGAAAGUUGUUCGCAGUCGCGAAGUAGAAGAGCCUGAGGAGCAGAACGACUCAGAGCAGAGCAAGACCCAGGAGCUGUUCAAACGGGUCCGCAGCAUCCUCAACAAACUGACCCCUCAAAAGUUUCAACAACUAAUGAAACAGGUUACUGAUCUGACCAUUGACACAGAGGAGCGGUUAAAAGGAGUCAUAGAUCUCACCUUCGAAAAGGCCAUCUCCGAGCCGGACUUUUCGGUGGCCUAUGCCAACAUGUGCCGCUGCCUUAUGGGGCUCAAAGUCCAAACCCCAGAUAAGCCGGGAAUGAACUUCCGCAAGCUGCUGCUAAAUCGAUGCCAAAAGGAGUUUGAAAAGGACAAAGAUGACGAUGAAAUCUUUGAGAAGAAACAGAAGGAGCUGGAUGCUGCUACAGGGGAGGAGGAGAAGCAUCGCCUCGUUGAGGAGCUAAAAAAUGCAAAAAUCCAGGCCAGGAGGCGCUCGAUGGGUAACAUCAAGUUCAUCGGUGAGCUGUUCAAGCUUAAAAUGCUCACAGAGGUUAUCAUGCACGACUGCAUCGUAAAGCUGCUCAAAAACCAUGACGAGGAGUCCCAGGAGUGCCUGUGUAGACUAUUGUCCACCAUUGGCAAGGACCUAGACUUUGAGAAGGCCAAGCCUCGCAUGGUCCAGUAUUUCAAUCAGAUGGAGAAAAUAAUAAAGGAGAAGAAGACCUCUUCUAGGAUCCGCUUCAUGUUGCAAGAUGUGCUGGACCUUCGACGGAACAAUUGGGUUCCCCGGCGAGGCGAACAGGGCCCAAAGACCAUUGACCAGAUCCACAAAGACGCAGAACAGGAGGAGCAUAGGGAGCAGAUGAAGGUGCAGCAAGCGUUCAUCUCCAAGAAGGACUUUGGUGGUGGUGGUGGUGGUGGUCAAGGAGGAAGGAUGGGCGGAGGAGGCUCCGGGGGACGCGGGGGGCAUCACACCCCAGGCCGCGGUGCUCCCCCCCAGGACGAAGGCUGGAACACUGUGCCCAUCUCCAAGAACCGACCCAUUGACACCUCGCGCCUUAGCAAAAUCACAAAGACUCCUGUUCUUGACUUCAACAAUCAGUUGCUUGCCCCAGGAGGUAAAGGCACAUGGGGGAGCUGGGGUAAAGGCAGCAGCGGUGGCACCAGUGCCAAACCUGCAGAUUCUGCCCCAGGCUCAGAGUCAGAUAAUCGUCCAGCCACCAGCACUGUGAACAGAUUCUCAGCCCUGCAGCAGUCUCAGUCUUCCUCUGGCUCUUCACAGGACUCAGACAGACGAGUUCCUCAGAGAAACAGCUCGAGUAGAGACCGUGGUGACCGCUUUGAACGCUCGGAUCGCGGCAGCGACCGCUUCGACCGGCGAGAUGACAGACGUGACGACCGACGGGAUGACCGUGAUCGCAACCGUCUACAGGUCACCAAACGAAGCUUCAGUCGGGAGAAAGAGGAGCGGAGCCGCGAGAGAGAACAGCGCGGGUCGGCCGAUCCUGUCCGCAGAGUGGCGAGUAUGACAGACGACAGAGACCGAGGCAGCAGAGAGAGAGCCACGAGCAAAGAGACUGUGAAGCGGGAGACAGCUGCCACCCCUCCCCCUCCCCCUCCCCAGACCCCCACCAAGCCUGCCUUGACUGAGGAAGAGCUGGAAAAGAAGUCCACAGCUAUCAUCGAGGAGUAUCUGCACAUCAACGACAUGAUGGAGGCACUGCAGUGCGUGCGGGAGAUGAACAGCACUCAGCUGCUCUUCGUGUUUGUACGAAACGGGCUGGAGUCGACGAUGGAGCGCAGCACCAUCGCCAGGGAGCGCAUGGGCCUGCUGCUGCACCAGCUUAUGAAGACCGGCAUCCUCUCAACAGAGCUGUACUAUAAAGGGCUUCAGGAAAUCCUGGAGGUGGCUGAUGACAUGGCAAUAGACAUCCCCCACAUCUGGCUGUACCUGGCAGAGCUGCUCACUCCCAUGCUCCUUGAGGGAGGUAUCCCCAUGGGAGAAUUUUUCAGGGAGAUUUCAAAGCCUCUGAUCCCUCUGGGAAAAGCUGGAGUCCUACUGGUCCAGAUCCUCACUAUACUCUGCAAAGGAAUGAGCCAUAAAAAGGCAGGAACAAUGUGGAGCGAGGCAGGCCUCCGCUGGAAGGACUUCCUGCCUGAGGAUGUGGACGUCAACAAGUUUGUGACAGACGAGAAUGUGGAGUUCACACUGGGUGACGAGUCAGAGAAGGGCAAAAAGGUGGAGCUUACCUCUGCAGAGCUGGCCAGACAGCUGGAAAGACUCUUCAAGGACAAGGCCGACAACCAGAGGAUCUUUGACUGGAUUGAGGCCAACCUAGAUGAGCAGCAGGCCUCCUCCAACAUGUUCAUCAGAGCUCUGAUGACCUUCGUCUGCCAGGCAGCUGUCAUUGAUGAGAACCCCUACAAGUUGGACAGUGGGCAGAUCAAACUGAGAGCCAAAAUGCUGCAGAAAUACCUGAAGGACGAGCAGAAGGAGCUGCAAGCUCUCUACGCUCUGCAGGCCCUCAUGGUAGAGAUGGAGCAACCUGCAAGUCUGCUGCGGGUGUUCUUUGACACUCUUUACGAUGAGGAUGUGAUCAAAGAGGAUGUCUUCUACAAGUGGGAGUCAAGCAAAGACCCCGCCGAGCAGCAGGGCAAAGGCGUGGCCCUCAAGUCCGUCACUGCCUUCUUCACUUGGCUCCGCGAGGCCGAGUCAGAGUCCGACAACAGUUAGGCCCCCGGCCACUAGAAGAACUGCCGGGAACUCGGAUCCUUGGAGAGAGUGAAUGUUCUGUGGAGGAUUCAGAAGAAUCUGAAUCAGCAAAAUCCUUCUGCAUAAACAGAAAAAAGCCAGAAAAAAAUUCUUCACCUGGGAGAGAUUGUAUUAUGGAUCGAACUUUCGAUCAUCUUAUUUUUUCGUUAAUAUUAUUUUGUUUUGGGUUUUUUUUGUUUGCGCUACAGAAUGUCUUUCUUUUUUUUAUAUAUAUAUAUAAUGCGAACGCAGGAUUUAAUAGAGAGAGUAGACAUGAGAGAGAAUGCUGACAAGUUACAUGCUGUGAGAGAUGAGGCUGUUUUUUCAGUUUUUCUUUUUCUUUUUUUAGGUUAGUCUCUUUUCAAAUGGCUUCUCCUCACCACGGCGACACUAUUCAAGACAUUUUGCUUUAUGACAGAUAUAAAGAAGAAAACUUUAAGAGGCUGUUCACAUCUAUAUUUUUGAUGACUUCAUUCUUUAUCUUGGAGACAUGACUCAGCAACUUUGUCAUGUCACGUGUUUGAUGUUUGAUCUACAUGAUGCGCUUAUGUAGAUGGUUAGUUUAUUGUCCUUCUUUCCAGUGUUGGAUGAUUGGAGUGUGUUUUAUAAGAAAAUAGAAAACUACAAAGAAGUGGCGAGGACUGUCUAAUGGAUAUUUCAGACUGGAGCGGUUGUGGACUGUACGGACUUCAGACUUUAUAAGGGUGGUGUCACUGAGGAGAGGGCCAAUGAACAUUGACCAUUUUGCUGCUGGGGGGGCGGUGAUGCUUCCCUCAUGCCCCUCAACCCCACCCCAAAGACCCCUACUGACCCUCCCCUCUGUGUGUCUGAUUUACUUGUUUCCUGCACUUCGAAGGAACAAACUGUGGACUGGGAAGAGGAGAGCGAGGGCUCACAGCUGCACCCUCCUACAAAGCCUGUUGAUGGAUUUUAAAAAUAUAAAAUAUCUCUAUUAAAACUUGAAAAAAAGUAUACAGACAAAAAAAAUCCACUUUAAUGAAAAAGGACUUAAAAAAAAGUAGAGUUAAACAGUACGAAUCCUAAGGCCUUUUCUGCUUCCAAGAGUGAAAAAUGCAUUUCAGGAGAGUUCUGUAAAUAUAAGACGGAUUGUUAUUUUUUUUGUUGUUGUUGGUUUUGUUUAGUUUUUUUCUCAAAGAAAAUAUGCUAAUGUAAUUUCCCCCGCCUCUGAAACAAAGUGACAGUUUUCCCCUGUAUUUAUAUUUUUCUCUCCUCAGCUGGCAGAAGGUGCUUGUAAUUAUCCACCCCAAAUCCAGGAUUACAAUUUAAUGAAAAUUUGUAAAUACUUUUUUGCUUUUCUUUAUUAAAAAGAUAUUUAAUUAAAGAAAAUGAAUGCCUCUUUUCACAUUCAAAACUGGAAGAGAUAAUAAAGAUUGUUGCAAAUAAAAUGGAAAAAAAAGACA